AUGUCAAACUUCAACCUCUCCGCCUUCCGCUCCAACUCCUCCACCGGCUCUCCCGCCCUCGACUCGCGCUCCUCUUCCUCUUCCUUCGACGAAGACCCCACCGACUGCCUCCCCUGCCGUCUCACAGGUUUCGGCGCUUUCACAGGUCUCGGCGGUUACAUCAUCCACAGCGGCAUGAAAGAACUGAACAAACAAUAUCCGGCCGACAAGGUACAUGAGUGGGGAAUGGGGCCCAGUGGGCGGAUGCCGUUUGUUAUGAGGAGGUUUGGGGUUUAUGCGUUUGGGGGUGGGUUGAUUCUGGGUGGGGUGUGGAGGUUGGUGAUGUGA